CUGACAGUUGGUGCUGGCGGAAGAAAUUUUCGAAAUUGACAGUGAUAAAAACAACAACAACAAAACAAAUAGAUAUACAACAAACAAAAAUAUAAAUAAAAACGUGCGUUACCAUUGCUAACACCGUCGGAAGCUCUUUACUGAUCAUUGGUUAUAUUUACUAUAGUAUCGGGCCCAGAAUUUGUUUGAAGGCUGUAUUAAGUGCUCUAUGCAAAUAGAGAAUUCGCGCUCUAUAGUGUGUGUGAACUGUGAAGACGUGCAGUAUAGGUGAGAAGUGUGUGGUGCAAAAAAGGUACGAAAAAGGGAUCAACUGGCAUUUUAAUGUAUAUUUAAACAAAAAAAGCAAACAUUUCGUCUAACUCGCCAAUGCUUGAAAACCAUUACUUAUUAAAAAUAUAACUGUUACUAAAACAAAGAUAUAAAAAUUAAAGUACCAUCUGUGUGAUCGUCAAAUCAAACUGAAAGAUAAUCUCAUACGUGUAUAAAAUGCUCGCUUGGGUUGAUUAGUUAUGCAUAAACCUCGGAUGAAUCGUAGAUCAUUUUAUGCCGAACGCGAUCGCGAUGAUCCAACGAUGCAUCAUCACCACACCGAUUUGAUAUCCUCAAUAGCUACAAAGCAUAAUCAGACCACGUUGAUGUCGUCGUCGCCGUCGUCGUCAAUGUCAAUGUCGUCGUCGUCGUCGUCGCCAUCAUCAUCAACGAACAUUUUUCAUAAUUCAAAUAUUGGUUCAAUUAAUUUAGAGGAUUAUAUAACAGCUAUGGAGGCGCGUUCUAAGGCAUUAGAUCGUCAACAAUCGGAAGUUGAUGUGUGGGCACAAUUACAACAAAAAGAAUCGGAUAUAUUAUUGGCAGCGGAAUUGGGUAAAGCUUUGCUAGAGAAGAAUGAAGAAUUAGUGAAGCAGCAUGAGAAACUUAUCGAGGAUUAUUCCACGAAAAUUGAGAAUGCUGCUGCUUAUAGUUCAUCGCCGAAUAUAAAACCGAAUAUAAACACGGAUAUUCAAAUGUUGUGGGAUGGGGGAUCGCGUCUACCAGCAUGUUGCGGUGACGAAGGUUCAAAUAAAAUCUAUCAUGACCUGAUUGUUGGUGCUUAUCACCGCAUAGCGAGAUCAAGAUAA